GCGAACCCCCGGGCUGGUUCCCAAGCUGGCAGAGCGAUUCGUUUCCAGCCAGCCUCGCUGAUCAGUGUCUGUCUCUCCCUUUCCCCAGGUGGCUCCGAGCCGGUGAAGAUCUCGGCGUCCGGCACCAGAGCGCCAUGAGCUAGGGGGGCACCGCCUGUGCCAUGAGCCCGGGAUGGAUCAGAACACCUUCUCGCACAUCCAGCUGUGGUGCCCGCGGCCCUUCGGCACCUACUCCCAGAACAAGCCGUGCGGCGGCAGCCCGGUGAAGAAGCCCUUUGGGGACUUCGCCUGCAGAACCAAGGAGGGGGAGGACAGCGGGGAGGCCUGCUCCGAGAACACCCCGCCCGCCCCGGCCCCGCCGCCUCCCCUGGUCUCCCCCAGCCCCAGCCAGGGGGAGGAGGGCCGGGUGCUGCUGGACACCUGGUACGUCAUCAAGCCAGGCAACACCAAGGAGAAAAUUGCCUUCUUCGUGGCCCACCAGUGCAGCAGCGGCAGCCGCGCCAGCACCAUGAAGGUCAAGGGCAAAUGGGGGAGCGACAGCUCGAAGGCCAAGCGCCGGCGGCGCUCGCAUGACCCCAGCAAGGGCAAGCCGUGCCCGGGGAAGGACAAGGACGGCAGCAAGGAGGCGGAGGACGUGUACCUGUGCCCGGAGGCCCACGCCGAGCCGGGCGGCGACACGGACCUGCUCUCCGUGGCCGAGAUGGUGGCCCUGGUGGAGCAGCGGACGGCGCUGGCUCUGCAGAGCUACUCGCGGCCUUGCCCCGGGGGGGCGCCCGCGGCCCCGGCCUCCCCCGUGGUGUUCCUCUCCGCGGAUCAGGAGCAGGCGGACGGGGAGAAGAAAGUGGCGGGCGGAGGUGGGGGCCAGGACUGCAGCCGGGUGGCCGAGGCGGUGGCCCAUUUCGAGUCGCAGCAGGAGGAGCGGAGCGUCGAGGCGGCCGAGUGUGUGGCCAACUCCCAGCAUAGCCCCGGCGAGGUGCGCAUCGCCUUCCGCAUCUCCAGCAGCCGGGACCCCCGCUCGCCCCCCGAGGUGAGCUCCGGCGCCCGCCCCAACUGCAUGUUCAUGAGCUGCGGCACUGGGGGCUCUGCCACCGGCUCCGGCGCCCAUGCCAAGGACAAGAUCACCUGCGACCUCUACCAGUUGAUCAGCCCCUCCUGCGACUCCCUGCCCAACAAUGUGGACUUCCUGCUGUCCAGUGCCGCGCCCAAGGGCGACGGGGCCAGCGAGCCGCCCGAUUUGGAGAUGAACUGCGGCGAGAGCCAGGCCUUGCCGGGCAAGCUGGACGCUGUCCCUGAAGGCAGGGCCGGGGAGAAGCUGGGGGGGCCAGCGGCAACGCCCCGGGACUGCGUGGCCGGCUUCCACGUGGACGUGGUGGUGACGGGCGUGGUGGAUCAGUGCGUCUUCUUCGGCAAGGACAGCACCAAGAACAUGAAGGAGGAGACGGUGUGUCUGACGGUGGGGACCCCCACCCCGGACGGGCUGUGCUCCGCCUGCGAGGAUCCACCCCCCGGCCAGCUCUUCUUCCUUCACGCCCAGCCCCCCCGGCCCGAGGACACCCGGGAGGCUGCCGGCUCCCUCCUGGACAGCAAGAACAACGGCGAGGGGGGCGUGGAGUGGCCGGAUGGGCCCGGGCUGGAG